AUGUCGCCCGCCUCCAUCCCCGCGCUGCUCUGGCGGUGGUACGUCGACGCGCUGUGGAACUACAGCCCUGACUCGUGGGUCGCCAGCGCCGCGUACACCUUUCGCCUCCUCGCGCUCAUCGUCAUCCUCCCCGGCGUCCUCCUCACCCUCCUGGACGUCACCUCCUACGUGAUCGCACGCACGCUCGGCGACACGAGCGCAUACACGUCCGACAAGACCCCCGCCCCCGCCUCAGCCCCAGCCCCAGCCCCAACCCCAACAACCCCAGCAACCUCAUCAGCCUCUCCAGCCACCCCGCACCCCGCGCGUUCAACCGCCGCCGCCGAGGCCGAGUCCCCGCCCGCGAUCGUCGUGCAGCCGGGCUCGCCGCACGCAGCGCGCUUCCCCGCGUUCGCGGGCGCGGAGGAGCGCCUCGCGGGCGUCGGCGUGUUCUCGCCCGCGGCGAGCCAGCCGGGCUCGCCAGUGCUCGGGCGGCGCCAGCUCGUGCGCGGGGAGGAGAAUCGGGAGCGCGCGGAGGACGGGGACGGGGACACGAGCGGGGAUGCGAACGAGAACGGAGAUGGGGACGGUGACGGAGACGCGGACGGGGCUGCGGACGGGGGUGCGAGCGGGCUGCGGAGGGAGGGGGCCGGCUCCGAGUCGUGGCAGAAUAUGUGGGGCGAGGCGAGCACGAAUGGGAGCACGAGCGGAUCCGAGUCGUUUGCGAUUCUCGAGCGGGACGAGAGCUUCGAGGACGCGGGCGCGGUGCAGAUGCGGCGUCGUGUGCCGCGCGGGGGCGCGGGCAAUACGGCGGACGGCUCGUAG